CGAUCAACAACACUGGAACAAACCCUCUCAGCACCUUCUCGCUGGACGAAAUGGAGACAAAAGUAGCUAAUUUACCACUUAUGGAUAUGACAAGGGCAAAGACUGAUCGUGAAGCGUUUGCCAAAGAUCUUGUUAAAGUCAUGAGUACGAUUGGCUUCCUUCUUCUCGAGAAUGUCGAGGGAGUCGAUCCGGAUGGUCUGAUGGGAGCGUGCAAGUGGUUCUUUACCCAGCCGCUGGAAAAGAAAUUUGAGGUAACAAGGAAGAAGUGGAAUAAAAGCUGCAAGAACGUGUACAGGGGAUAUUUUCCGACCGGAGAAGACCCUAACAAUUCGAGUCAUAAAGAAGCUUUCGAAUGCGGCGUUACGCUUCCGCUAGACGACCCCGACGUAUUGAAUGGUAACAGGCUGUAUGAAAACCCCCAGUGGCCGAUCGAAGAAGGCAUUCCGUUCAAGGAAAUUGUAACAACUUAUUUCAAAGCGAUGCACCGAGCAGCUGUAGACUUGAUCCGUCUCCUGGCUCUUGGUUUGGGUUUUGAUGAGCACUGUUUUGAUGAUAUGAUCGUAAAGAAGCCGUUGUCAACUCUCAGACUUCUGCACUAUCCCCCUCGCGGAGAUGCCAUUCCCAACACCUGCAUAUCAAGUGAUGGUAAGAUUUUGACAUGCGAUGAUCACCACGACACAGGUUUGAUAACUCUUUUGGAAACAUUCAACAAUGGAGGCUUAGAGGUCAUUGGGGAAGGUGGUGAGUGGAUGGCAGUUGAGCCCAGACCUGGAACUCUGGUUGUUAAUAUUGGAGAUCUUCUGGUCCAGUUUUGUGGAGGUCAUCUAAAGGCUACACGUCAUCGUGUUGUGGAUAUUGGAGUUGACCGAUACUCUGUGCCUUUUUUUAUGGAACCCAGUUACCACACUGACAUAAACAGGUCUCCAGUUCUUAAGCCUCCCCCUGAGGGUACCCCUGUGCAAAAAUAUGGUCAUUGGAUGAUUGAAACCAUCAAACGCAAGAAGUUCAUUGAAUAUGAAGGGUUGGAUACCUCAUUUAAUUGGCAUGAAAUAUAAUUAACUGUCAUGAUUGUGCCCUGGCUAAGGAUAUUUAGAGACAUUUGUAUCACUGCAUAAUGUCAAGGAAGCAUUUACAAUGUUCAUAAAUUCAAACAUUGAUUUCAUUUAAUUAGAAUGGAUUUCAUAAUAAUACUACAUGGGAAAUUAAUUUUUUAAAUUAAUUGGUUCAGAAACUCAUUACUAAGCGCAAAAAUGUGGUACAUGAACCAACUAGGAUAGAGUCCAGGAAUGAGGUUUGAUCACAUGAAAAUAGACAUUUUCUUGUUUCAGUGUAAGAGUAUGAAUAAGAGAGGGUGAUGAAUCAUGGUUAUGACUACAUUUCUAUUCAAGCGUAAUGAGUUAUAUGCCAGUUGAUUAUGCAAUUAAGCUCAAACCACAUUUCUUUACCUAUAUGCCAAAAGUUCUGACUGUUUUGAGUACAGGGAAAAAAAAUCAAAUGCACUCUGUCUGGAAUUUUUUUUAUAGGAACUGCAUGAUGUGCUCCCCAGCAUCUAUCACAAAUUAGUGGUCAAAAAUCUAAGAAUUUCAAAAUGUUUCCAAUUUAAAUAAUAUUUUUAUACCAGAACCUUUAAUGUGAUGAUUGUAAGGCAUACAGAAAAUUCAUGACAGUGUAAUUUAGUGUUUAAUUUGUUUGUAAAGCACUGUCUGUAGACUUAUCACAACAACUGAGUGAGUAGCAAAUUACAAUGAUCAUUUUUUCAAAAUC